AUGAUUCUCGUAGCCUUCGCCGCCGUCCUCGCGCUCGCCGCGCCCUCGCUCGCGGCGGUACAGGAUGACUGCCUCGCUCUCACCCCGCAGACGACGGUCGAGAACUCCAAGAUCCGGGUCUUGGAGUUCGCGUCGUCCGGCACCAAGCUCGAGUUCCCCGAGCAGAGCGAGUCCUGCGGCCGGUCGAGCCAGGUCGUUAGAGCGAACAUCUGUCGCGUUGCCAUGAACGUCACCACUUCGGGCAAGUCGGAGGUUGUGACCGAGGUCUGGAUGCCCGAGAAGUGGAACGGUCGUUUGGUUACUGUCGGUGGUGGAGGUCUUGACGGAUGCGUUCACCAUGAGGAUCUCGCAUAUGCCACUGCAAACGGCUUUGCGGCUGUUGGCACGAACAACGGACACGACGGGACUACUGCGUCUCAAUUCCUCAACAACGACGAGGUGGUCUUGGACUUUGCCUCAAGAGCGCUUCACGUGGGCGUCGUCGCGGGCAAGCAGCUCGUCCAGUCACUGUACAAGACGGAGACCAAGAAGUCGUACUACCUGGGAUGCUCCCUCGGCGGCCGCCAGGGCAUCCAGGCCGCAGACAUGUUCCCCGAGGACUUUGACGGCAUCGUAGCCGGCGCCCCCGCCGUCGACUUCAACAACCUCUACUCCUGGCGAGCCGGCUUCUUCCCCUUGACCGGGGCCGCCGGCUCCCCAAACUUCAUCAAGCCCGAGGUCUGGAAGACGACGAUCCACAACGAGAUCCUCAAGCAGUGCGACAAGCUCGACGGCGCCGAGGACGGCAUCCUCGAGGACCCCUCGCGCUGCGUGUUCGAGCCCAAGCGGCUGAGGUGCAACUCCCGCACCGCCGACCGCAGCAAGUGCCUCACCAACGCCCAGAUCGACAUCGUCAGGAAGAUCUUCAGCCCCACCAACUACCCCAACGGCACCUUCUUCUGGCCCGCCAUGAACCCCGGCAGCGAGCUCGUCUCGGCCGACGGCCUGUACAGCGGCAAGCCCUUCGCCCUCUCGCAGAACUGGUUCCGCUUCGCCGUCCACAACGACCCCAAGUGGGACCCGGCCACGUACAGGCUCGAGCGGGACGGCGUCCUCGCCGACCAGAAGAACCCGGGCGGAGUCCGCACGAACCCGAGCGACCUGUCGGCGUUCAAGAACAGGGGCGGCAAGCUGCUCAUGUACCACGGCCUGCAGGACAACCAGAUCACGAGCUUCCACACGCCCGUCUUCUACGAGCGCCUGCUCAAGGGGAUGAAGCUGGACAACGCGGGCAUGGACGAGUUCGCGCGGUAUUUCCAGAUCUCGGGCAUGUUCCACUGCAACGCGGGGCCGGGCGCGUGGGUCAUUGGCCAGGGAGGCGGCGCGGCUUCGAUUGCGGAUAAUCUGCCCUUCGACGCGGAGCACAAUGUCCUCGCGGCCGUCGUGAACUGGGUUGAGAGCGGUGCGGCUCCGGAUACGAUCAAGGGGACCAAGUUCGUUAACGACUCUGCGGAUCAGGGUGUUGAGUUCCAGCGCAAACAUUGCAGGUACCCGUUGCGUAAUACGUUCAAGGACAACGGCUCGGGCCCGAAGAAUGCGGAUAAUUGGGAGUGCAAGCCUGCGAAAUGA